AUGAAUGGUAGGGCAGAGGCUUCGCAAUAUGAGAGCCUGAAUUUGUAUGUGAUAGAAUUGCCGUGUAAUGUUGUGGUGACUACCCCUACGAGUAAGCCGGUUGUGAUGUCAUGGGUGUGUUUGGGUUGUGCAAUGAUGAUACACGGUAGGGAGUUUGAGGUGGACUUAAUUUAUUUACCUCUUUCUCAACUGGAUGUAAUCUUGGAAAUGGAUUGUCUUGCUGCCAACCAUGUGCUGCUGGACUGUAGGGAGAAGACUUUGAUCUUCAGUGAGACAAUGACAGAGGUUCUAAGGCUUAUGAGCCAGGGAGCGUGGAAAAACAUGGUGAAUGCCAAGGCCUUUAUGAUAAUGUUUUCAAUGGAGGCUGAAAGCGUUGUGGAGUCAAAGUAUAUUCCGGUGGUAAGGGAUUUCUUGGAGGUUUUUCCCAAGGAUAUUUAUGGGCUACCGCCUGAGAGGGAGAUAGAGUUUGCUAUCGACCUCAUUCCGGGAGCAAGCCCAAUUUCUGUGGUGCCUUAUAGGAUGUCACUGGUGGAAUUGCCAGAGGUUAAGAAGCAAGUAGAAGACCUAUUGCAGAAACGGUUUGUGAGACCGAGUGUGUUACCGUGA